UCGGCCCCGAUGAUGUAGCCAUCGCCAUCGCUCAAGUACUGAGUCUCGGUGUCUCUAUCACCACCAUUUUCCAAACCGCGAGAGGAGGAUUAGGUCGGCAUAACGAAUUUGUCACGCCAGAAGAGUUCGACGCAGGUAUCAAGGGUUUGAUGUCGAAUGUGCUCGUGUAUAACGCAGCGCAAAUCGUCACGAAAGUGUCGUUUCUUAUCCAGUAUCGCCGUCUUUUCCCGGGCUCCAUCAUACAGGCGCUGUGUAAAUAUGGGAUCAUUGUUCUUGGAAUCUGGGGAGUUACACAACAGUUCGUCACCGCAUUUAGCUGUGUUCCACUAUCAGUUAUCAACCCAUCAUUUCAAGGUCGAUGCAUUGAGACAAACGUGGUGAGUGUGUUUCGCUUGAAUGGCGGCAUGAAUAUAGCCACCGAUUUCGCGAUAUUCGCUAUACCUAUAUGGCCUGUCACACAACUUCAUAUGCCCCUCAGACGAAAGGCGCACCUCUUGGCAGUUUUUUGCCUUGGCUUCUUUGCUUGCGCAGUUUCUAUUGUCCGGCUUCAGCAAAUCAUCGUCAAUGCAGAUGUGCCAGACGCAACUUGGGCUAGCGCACGCACAGCGUACUGGAGCGCGGUCGAGUUGAACGUUGGCAUCCUCUGUGCUUGCCUUCCCACGUUGCGUCCACUAAUCAGGAAGUUCGCGCCUCGUCUGCUCGGAUCUUCGAAUGGAUGUCACAUGACCACACACAGGCUCGGAACGAUCUCGUCAAGGCGGACCAGGUUAGAGAUCGACAACAAGUCGAGCAUCUACCUGCAAAAAGGGGGCGAGUUUCAGAGCACGACGGAGCUGAGGUCGAACGGAGCCAUGAAAGAUGCUACCUCGAUGAGUGCAGAGUCGAUGGAUAUGAUUAUCAAUGAGGGCCAAGAGAUCCCAAGCAAUACGAAGCGAACAUAG